AUGAGCAAACCACUGUCCAAAGGCAAGGCCAAAGAACUUAAUGGUCUCGUCGAGGAGCUUAUGCAGCAUGGUUUCCGGGAGGCAAUCACUACCGAACAGUUGCUGACCCAGCACCGGAACAUGGCCACCGUGUUGGACCGUAUCCGGCGCGUGGAACCAAAGCUGCGCACGACAAACGGUCGGCCGAGGAUGGAAAAUGUGGAUCACUUCACUCGGUGGGCAAUCGAACAGGGUGGCUGCACGGUGGAAAAUGUACGCGUCGCCGAACAUACCGAGUACGGUGGGCUGGGCCUAGAGUCCACUGGACACAUCCCAGCCGGCGAAAGUAUCGUAACCGUGCCGAGGAAAUUAUUUUUCUACGUCACCAACGAACCACGGUACCGGAAGCUGCUCGAGCUAAUGCCGGGUGCAAUGAUGAGCGAACAGGGUAACAUUAUGCUUGCGCUCGCCCUCAUUAUGGAGCGAUUCCGGGCGAAAAGCUUCUGGAAACCGUACCUGGAUCUGUUGCCCGAACGCUACACAACACCACUCUACUACACGACGGACGAUAUGGGCGAGCUGGUCAAUACGGAAGCAUUUUUGCCGGCAUUGAAGCUGUGCAAGCACAUUGCACGGCAGUACGGAUUCAUACGGAAAUUCGUGCAGGACAAGGUUGAUGAUCUGCGGGACUGCUUCACGUACGACGCAUUCCGAUCGAAACCGUACACGCUACAACUCACCUACAGUUAA